AAAAUGCACUUUGUGGCGUGUCACAUCCCAUUUCCAAAAGUGCUGCUAAUAAGACAUUGUCUCGCCCUCAACAACGAAACAAUGAAAAGAAAAACACCAGAGUCAGAGCUUUCAUCCUCUGCUUCUCUUCCCCAUUUCUAAUUCUGUCUCCGGCGAUGCCAUCACGGCAGCUCUCCACGUCAGCACCACCUCACAAGGCGAACCACCACGGUGGUGGAUUCUUCUCCGCGUGCCCUCUCGUCCUUCUACUCCUUCUCUGCCUCCGCAAGCGGAAAAAGCGCACCACCCCUUCCUCCGACACCGACUCCAACCCCCCUCACCCCUUCCCCUACCCCCUCCUCCGCCGCGCCACCAACUCCUUCUCCACCCUCCUCGGCCACGGCGGCUUUGGCCCAGUCUUCUCCGGCUCCCUCUCCGGCAAACCCGUCGCUGUCAAGCUCAUGGACCCCACCACUGCCACCCUCCAGGGCGAGCUCCAGUUCCACAACGAGCUCUUCUUCGCGUCCACUCUCCGCUCCCACCUCGUGGUCCCCCCAAUCGGCUUCUCCUCCGACCCCAAACGCCGUCGUUUCCUCCUCGUGUACGACCUCAUGCACAACGGCAACCUUCACGACGCGCUUCUCCGCCGCAAGUGCCCUGAGCUUGCCUUGUGGAACAAGCGCUUCUCAAUAGCCGUUGACGUUGCAAAAGGGCUUCACUACCUUCACUCACGCGACCCGCCGGUUAUCCACGGCGACAUCAAGCCCAGUAACAUUCUCCUUGACCGUUUUUUCUCCGCUAAGAUCGCCGAUUUCGGUCUAGCCCGGUUGAAAUCUGAACCCCAGUUUGUGGAAACUGGUAACAAUAGAAGGGAAGACUUGGAGAGUGAUGGUGGGUCGCUGGUUGGGGAAACUGAGAGUGUUGAUGCUGGGCUUGAGGAUCGGAGUUUUGAGGUUGAGGGAGAUAGUGGUGGUGGUAAGGGGAUGAAUCAGAGUGGGGGAGUGAAGGAUUAUGUGAUGGAUUGGAUUGGACAGGAGGUGAAUGAUGAAAUGCCUAAGAGGGAAUGUGUAAGUGGUGGUGCUGGGUCUAGCAGUGGGAAUGGAGUGGUGGAGAAGGGAAAGAUCAGGGGGAAGAAAUUGGAGUGGUGGGAAUCAAUGGAUGAGGAAAAGGGUGGUGGUGGUGAUUUUGGAGUUUUGAAGAAGGAGAAGAGAAGGCCUGUGAGGGAAUGGUGGAAGGAUGAGUAUUCUGAAGAGCUUUCAAAGAAGAAAAAGAAGAAGGAAAAGAAGAAAGGUAGAAAUAAUGAUGAUGAUUGGUGGGAGAGAGAUGAUGCUUUGUAUAGUGAUGUAAAAAAGAGUAGUAAAAGCCGUAGCAGGAGAAGUCGUGGCAGUGUAGAUUCAUGGUUCAGUGGGGAAUUGAAGAGAGCUAGAUGGAACAGCUAUGAUUCUGCUGGGAGUGGAGAGAUACCAAAGAGUGGUGGUAUUAGCACUACUCCAAGCAUGAGGGGAACACUUUUUUAUGUUGCUCCUGAGUUUGGCCACAAUGGGGGUGUAUCAGAGAAAUGUGAUGUGUAUAGUUUUGGGGUUCUAUUGCUUGUGAUUGUUUCUGGGAGGCGGCCGCUGCAGGUGGUGGCUGGUUCGCCCUUAUCGGAGUUUCAGCGAGCGAAUUUGGUGUCUUGGGCUCGCCAUUGUGGCCGCAAAGGAAAGCUUCUUGACUUGGUAGAUCAGUCUGUUCAGUCAUUGGAUAAAGAGCAGGCUCUUAUUUGCAUCAAGGUUGCACUGCUUUGUUUGCUCAAGUCACCUCAUCUUCGUCCUUCAAUGAAAGAGGUUGUGGGAAUGCUUUGUGGGGAGUUGGAGCCACCCCAAUUGCAGCACUCACAAUCUCACUUCUCAUUCAAGUCUAGGAAGCCAGGCCAGUGAGUUCAUGGUAUCAGCUAACCAUUCUUCUUCGACUUUUGGAAAUCCUUAUACAAUUGAUUCUAAAGCCAAAAUUAAUUUAUGACUUAGUAGUUUUUGUGUGCCCUAAUUGGUUCUGAGGAAAAUAAGUUGAUCCAAUCAUGCUAGCAAUGAUAAUUUGAUAACAUUUAGGAGUUAAAGCCAUGUUCUUACUAUUGGAGCACGCUUUGCCGCUAUUAUUUUUUUACAUCUUAUGAUGGUUCCACACUUCAGUUUUUUUCACUUUUCCUUGCUUUGGUUUGGUAUAUUAUGUGGUCUAACUAUUGUAGAUUUGAUUGUGCAUAUUGACUCUUUCACGCUGACUUUUAGGCAUGCCUUGAACAUUAUGGCCCCUGCUUUAAUUAGUGGAGGGUCAUCAUCUUUGUAGCUCACAUAAAUUUUGGUUAUGAAAAAGCGCACUACCUUUUGUUUA